CUUACAAUUGGCUAAAUAAUAAUAUGAUUCAAAUUCGCCUUUGGAGAUAGUCAAACCUAAGACCUCUUACUUAUAAGUGAAGAGGAAUACCAUUAGAACGUAAUACUAAGUGGCUAAUCCCAUGUUUUAAACACUAUGUUUCUUUUUUCUUUAUUUUUUUUUUUUAAAGUUAUACGGUAGGAAGAUUUAAUAAUGGCCAUAAUGUAUGAAUAAUAAUACAUUUUUCUGUUAUCAGUCAAUAUUAUCGACGAUUUAUUGACAUAAGAACAAGCAUUCUGCCUAGAAAGGAUAUAGUUAGUGGCGCUUCAUGAGAUGAACGUUAUUAAUCUCCUCCGUCUAAUCUAAACCUACCUCACCUCGCUUGCCUCACCCGGGUAGGUGAUCAACAUAGUUUAAUUGAUCACAAUCCCAUGCUUUAAACAUUACUUUUCUUUUUGUUUUUUAAGUUUCUUGGUGGGAAGAUUUGAUAUGUUGUUCUAGACCAUGUGUAGAAGAUAUACGGCUGCUGUUCGUCCUGGUUCGACGAUGAAGUAUUAGAUGCCAAUGCGAAGCACAGAAGGAGGUAGAAGAGUAUUUAUUUCCAACACCACCACUCAAAAGAGAUGCCUAUGAUGAGCUAUAUAUAGUAUAAUUGUUGACUUAAAGAAGAUUCACUAGGACAAAGAACAUAACCUGAUACAGUGGUAAAAAAAACUCAUGGCCUAUGACAAGACUCUACAACUUCUAGGGUAGGGAUGUAUGAGGGUCGUGAAUUCGAUGCCCGAAAAGAACUGUACGAAACGAUUCCCCGGUUAGUCUGUGUGCAUUGGAAAGUAUCAGUCAAUGAAAAAAAAGGAAGAAAAAAGAAAGGGAAUCAAAGAUUAAAUUAUGUCAAAGUUGGUUGCUUAAAGCAGUGAUGUGAUUUAGAGAAUUUAAAUCUUGCUUUGUGCCCACUUAUUCUGGAGCUUGUCUAUUUAUCUCAACAGAUUGGCCCGCCCUCUGCUGUGUUUUUAAGCACAAGAAAAUCAUCCUCUAAAACUCAGAGUUGUUGAGAGGCCUGGCUAGCUCAGCCCUGCCUCCUAGUGUGACUCACAGAAAUGACGGACGUGAAAGGGUGUAGCGAAUGGAAGCCUUUUAUUGCCAUGGUAGCAAUCGAUUUCUCGUUCGCUAUAGUGAAUAUUCUGCUCAAGAAAGUGCUCGAUGAGGGAAUGAACCAUUUGGUUCUUAUCACGUACCGGUUGACGAUUGCUACCAUUUUCUUAGCACCAGUUAGCUACUUUGGGGAAAGGAAUACUAGACCAAAGCUCACACUUCGCAUCACAUGUUUUCUCUUCUUAAGUGCAAUUCUUGGGACAUCCCUAACGCAAUACUUCUUUCUCCUCGGAAUCCAAUACACAUCUGCGACUUUUGCCUGUGCCUUCGUCAACAUGGUGCCUGUGAUCACUUUCAUAAUAGCGUUACCGUUUGGGUUAGAGAAAGUGAACUUAAAAUGCCACAGCGGGAGAGCAAAAGUACUCGGUACACUGGUGUGCAUCGGUGGAGCUUUUAUACUAACUCUUUACAAAGGAGUUCCUCUAUUUGAUUCCUCAAAAUCCACAGUUAGUACUCAAACCAUAGAUCAUGGCAUGCAGCUGAGGUCAACGCGAAACCAUGAGGGUUGGACGAUUGGUUCGAUAGCUUUGGUUGGCGGAACCCUACUGUGGUCUUCAUGGUUUCUUGUUCAAACAAACAUUAGCAAGAUGUAUCCUUGCCAGUAUUCUAGCACCACAAUAAUGAAUUUCUUUGGUGCCAUUCAGUCUGCAAUCUUAUGUGUUUGCACAGGAAGGAACCUUUCCAUGUGGGUUCUGAGGGGAAGGACACAAGUCAUAGCUGUCCUGUUUUCUGGAAUGAUAGCAUCGGGAUUAGGUUUUGUGGGGAUGUCAUGGUGUGUGAGGAAACGGGGGCCGGUGUUUACUGCAGCUUUUAGCCCGCUCGUGCAGAUAAUGGUGGCCCUAAUCGGUAUCCCCAUCUUCCAUGAACUACUCCACCUCGGAAGCUUGUUAGGAUCUAUCGUUGUGAUCGUCGGCUUGUACAUUCUUCUAUGGGGUAAGAAAAAAGAGAUGCAGAAAUGUGCGACAAAACUAGUCCAAGAAUCUCAAGCAGUCAAAGAGCAGGAGCCGCAUUUACCCGCCAUCACAGUCUCCGUUGAUUCGCGGUGUCCUUGAAGCCGAGUUUCAUAUGCUUUCACGUUCAAAAGCCUUCAUUUUUUUCUUCCCAAUUGAUUCUUAUGGUCUUCUAGCGAGGAUCUUAAAGAAAAGUCAUCUGUCAUAACCGGAAUAAAAGUAGAUAAAAGUUUUCACCUCUU